CCAGAGAAGUCGCCGCGACAGCCAUGAGUCCCGGCUGGUCGCCUGCGCGGCGGCUGUGGCCGCUGCUGUGGCGCACGGUGGUCUCGCAGCGAGCGGGCCCCGCGUUGUCUUCGGUUCCCCGGCUUCCUCGGCUGGCAGAGCGAUGGCUUUCGGCGGGGCCGGCGGCCGGCCCGACACCGAGCCCGGCGCGCGGCCUGCACCGUGGACCUCAGCCGCAGGAGCGGCCCGACGGCGAGGCUCGGCCGCAGCCGGGAGCCGCAGAUCACAUUGGCUCCAAGUUUGACAUCGAUAUGCUGGUUUCACUUCUGAGGCAAGAAAAUGCAAGAGACAUUUGUGUGAUCAAGGUUCCUCCAGAAAUGAAAUACACAGACUACUUUGUAAUUGGUAGUGGGACUUCCAGCCGGCACUUACACGCUAUGGCCUACUACAUUGUGAAGAUGUAUAAACACCUGAAAUGUAGAAGUGACCCGUAUGUCAAAAUUGAAGGGAAGGACACUGAUGACUGGCUGUGUGUGGAUUUUGGCAGUAUGGUGAUCCAUUUGAUGCUUCCAGAAACCAGAGAAACCUAUGAAUUAGAGAAAUUAUGGACUCUACGUUCUUUUGAUGAUCAGUUAGCUCAGAUAGAAGCUGAGACGUUACCUGAAGACUUCAUUCUUGGACUAGAAGAUGACGCCUCAUCCCUGACUCCAGUGGAGUUCAAAUAUGACAAUACAGUCUAUCAGUGUCAUUCAUGCUUGAAAGGAAAGGCCGGUUAACUUUGAAGACAGCUCAAAUGAGCCUGGAAUACACACCACUGCAGCGGUACAUCUGGGAUGAAGACUGACAACAGUGUAAGAGACAGCGCGAGGAGCCCCAGAGAGGGGUGACAGAUCUGUGCUUCACAGGCAAGGCAAAUGAGUUACUGACAGGAGGAAGACGCACCAGGGAGCAAAGUACAAUGAUGCCUUUGUACCAGUGUCACCGAGAGACCCACUCUGCACACCAAAACAAAGAAUAAGCCAUAUUCUGCUGACAAUAAAGGCAGUUA